UAGUAAAUGUCACUAUAUUAAGCUCUUUACGAAUUUAGAGAAACAUUUAUCUCUCUUAUGACCCCAAUCGUCACAUUGAUAAAAUACACACCAUCAGUAAACCUUUUACAUAUAUAUAACGGGCAAAAGAAAAGAAAUUAAAUAAACUGCAUAAAUGAUAUUGUUUUAAUAUGCCACUUGGCAGUCUCGGGUUGAUCCAACAUUGGCAGAUCACAACACGGCGUCGUUUGGAGACUGAUCUGAGGUGAUAUAAAGCCUCGGCGAGGGUUUAUCGAAGGAAACUUUCUCUCAUUUUCCACAGCGAAGACGAUUUGCGACUGUCACUCACCACCACUGUUGUUGUCUCUCUCCUUCUCCGGGUUAAGUAACUGAAGAUGUCUCGAGGCUGCUGUCAUCCAGAUUGCAUACGAGCAAUGAAUGCCCAAGAAGAGCAUGAUGCGUCUGAAAGAGCAGCUAUUGUAGCGGCUAAUCUGAUAAGCUCAGCGAGGGUUAUACUGAAGCUCGACAGUGAGUUUACUGAGUACUCGGCUCAGUUUCUGGUGGACAACGCUGGUCCCAAGAAGGAAGAAAUGGAUCAACAACCGGUAACGGUCAAAGACUGCGUUGACUAUCUGAGGGACAUCUCUCGUCCCAAGGAGGAAACAGGGCAGGGAGAAACGGUUCAGCCACGCCCCGAGCUUACCGUGAAAGACUGCAUUGAGUGUGCUUUGAAAUUAGGGAUGCCGAGAAUGGAGCAUUGGGGACAUUUGGGAUGUGUGUUCAAGGUCCCACCAUUUGCUUUUCUCAUGCCUCGCAUUCCUCCCAUGAAAGGAGAAGUGGUCGAGGCUAAGAAACUGGAAGAAGCAUUUGAGUUGUUGCGGCAGCAACCGGUUGGAGCAAAACUGCAUGUGUUCAGUCCGCAGAUUGAUCGUGUUGGAGAGGGAGUUUACGAUGGCCCUGCAGGUGGUGGAAGAGGAACACACUAUGUUGGACUCAGAGAUGUGAUCAUAGUUUCAGUGGAGAAGGCCGAUGGAGAUGCCGUUGCGGUUGUGAAGAUAUGCUACAAGAAGAAGACUUCAUUCAUGAAAGUGUCUUUGUGUCGCAUGUUUGUGGCACUACCGUCUGCUGGCCAAGAGUCGAAGGUGACAGAGCCCACGGGUCUCCUUGUCGACUUCAUCAUCCCGCGCCUGUCUAAGUAAACCAAGAGCUUUGUUCUUGGUAAGUAUCUAGAGACUAAUAUGCUAGUUGUGGCUCUGUAUUAAGAAUGUCCUAAUUAGACUAAUUUUCUGUAAGUGAAGAAGUUAAGUGUCAUGAAAACUUUAUGCUAGUUGUGUGGAGGAACUUGUUUGUAGUCCGAAUUUAAGGUUAUCCUAGGAGACUUUUAUCUAUGAGUAAAGAAGCUGAUCGCUACUUCUAUAAAUUUGAAAUCGGUCUGUUUAAUGUUCCACACCGAUGAUUGCUCGUUUCUUU